UUAGAAACACAUCAGUGUACCGAGCAGCAACUCCGGCAGCCUUCGUUGCGAUCGAAGGAUCUCGGAUCUACCGUGGCGGGCUAGCCGAGGAUCCUUUCUCUCGAUCUUCAGUUCCGAUCCCGAGGAAAGCGAUCUCUCAGGAGCCCAUCGGUCACGUUGGAUUUCGCGGGGCCUCCGGAGCUCGUUCCAACCGAUAGAAAGAGUCCUUUCCCCAGAAUUACAGGUGGAGGCUCUUGACUCGAGCUCGCCGCGCAUUUACGUAGACCGCCGUGGUAAAUGCAAUCGUUCUUACACCUGAGUUAAUUGCGGUGUGAUCAAGUACUGUGAUUUAUCCCGAAAGCUGCCUCGGCGGGCUUGAAUCGAAUAUCGAAGAAGACCUCUCGACGUUCCGUGACACUUUACACCGUAAAACAUGAAGCCGCCUUCGUAUAAUUCCGAAGAGGUUCAACAAAUCUCCCAGGAGCAGGGGGAGAGGAACGUUGCAAUGGCGGUUUGCGUCCAACUGGCUGGCAGAGCGAUUAUCAGAGUGGUUUCCCGCUGCGAGGAAGCCCAGGACAACUGUAAUCUGGAUCUAUCGGAAUGUCAGCUGAUGCAAGUACCGGACGCGGUGUACCAUUUAAUGAGACACACGGAGUUGAAAAGGUGCGACCUCUCUGGCAACGUGAUCACGAAAAUCCCCCCAAAAUUCGCCGUCAAGUUCUCACUCAUAACGGAACUGAACCUCAGUCAUAAUCAGAUGAGUAAGCUUCCAGAGGAGCUGGCCGAGCUGCAGGCUUUGGAAAGGCUGGAUAUCUCGCACAAUACAUUCAUUGCCCUGCCUCAAGUCGCGUGUCGGAUACCUCGACUUAAGCAACUCCUAGCUAACAAUAAUUCAAUUAUUGAUGUUGACGUAGAGAGGCUCAGGCAUGCUCCCGCGUUGGAAUUCAUCGAUUUGCAACACAAUCCUUUAACACCUCGGGUCCAUGACAACCUCAAGACGUUAACGAGCAUCAGGGUCGAGCUUACUCCGCGGCAAGUGGAGGAUUGGGAAGACCUGACCAUAUGAACCUGAGUUUGCUUCUCACGAUGGAUAUUAUCUCGUUGAAGCAAGAAGUCAAGACGUCUCGUGUCCGCUAACUUCACUUUGUCUAUUAGAGUGAGGCGCCUCGAGAUUAAUAAGCGAGUCUCAGCUCGACUAGAAAUGAAUUUUGUACAGGGAGCAUAGACUGACUCGUUACGUGGCACGAAAUGGUGCGGUGAUUACGCCAAAGUGAUUCUCAUUACUCCUUAUUCUCUAAUCAAACCACUAAAUCUUCGAUUACCCUUUGAGAGAAUUCUGCUACCAUUUACACAAUAGUUGGGUGGACUGAUUAAAACUUAAUGUAAGGAAAGAGGACGUAAGAAUUCACGGAGUCUGUAUAAAGUAUAGAAGGAAACACGAAACCUUAAAGUUUUCACAACAUCGAUCUACGAGAGUACGGAGACCAAAUGACAUCGAAAUAUAGGACUUUUUGUAUUUUAAUCUGGUGAUCUUUAAAGUUCCUCGUAAUACUCCGGGUCUCUGUGAGAAAUAUAUUCAAGAUCUAACGCUCUGGGUGUAAUACUUUCGUAGCAGUAUUCUCGCAACGGGUGAGAUUUAUUGUAUUAUAUGAAUAGUGAAUACUUAUUUCUAACAACAAUUGCUAACUUGCUGAUCUUGGGAGGAAACUCGAGCGUCAACAAAUUGCAAUGCAUAAUCUUGAAGCUGCCGUUAAACUGUUCGCGCGCUAUGGACGUAAGGGAGAGCAGAAAGUGCUCUUACAGCACUUUUAAGGGUCAAAUGACGCUAAAAUGUAUUUAAACGUGUUUUAAAAAAAGAACUCUGCUAUUAAUUUAUUAACAUAUCCAAACUGGAAUUGCGGUUGGAAAUAAUCAGGUCCCUAGUAUGGAUAUAUUAUAGAGGCCACUUGCAUUUGAGUGUUGAUGCUUGAUUACCCUUCACCUGUAAUUGUUUUCUUUUUUCUAUAUUAUAUUUGAUACGUCACCGUUAUUCAUCAAACUGUACAACUGCCAGUGUUCAAAAAUCGGUUUCGCCCCGGUACCGCAAUCGUCGUAAACAAACAUUGUUUUAACUCUUAACCUUGGCAGGGUAUUCUCACGGGUAUAUAUUUUUUUUACCUACUUUUCAAUGUGUUACGUAUGCGAGGCUUUUCCAAUAGUACUCACAUGAUAUUAAAAAGAGCGACAUAACAUUAUUUUGUAUCAUGCUAUCUGAAUAAGUACCACAGCCAGCAAUACAUUAAAAAAGAACAAACGCUAAGAGGUAUGCUGCCGAGUUAACACUAGAACUACCAAGAUGGAUCGAAAUAACUUGUUUCAAAUGGCUCAUCCUAUACAAAAAAAAAAAAGAAAAAAAAUCUGCCGGUCGUUCUAGUGUUAAGGAUUAGAUUAAUUAGCUGUGAAACAUCUAAGGUGCAUAAUUCGCGGUACGUGGUAAGCAUUUUUGUGAUUUUUCAAGUGAACUCUACGAGGAGUACGCGAUAAGUGUACGCAAGGAGCUUAAACACCUUCCGAUAAAACACCAUACGCUUUGAUGCGCACCCACGCAUCCAAAACAACGUACUUUACCCUCAAGAAGUCUUGUAUACAUACUUCUGUAUUUCGAUCUAGUCAAUUGUCCAUGGGACGUUGCAAUACACUUUGCGAAGAAAAGAAAAAAAAAAAGAAAACAGAGGAAUCAUUA